ACAGUGAGUGGCAAUGGACCUGAUGCCAGACUUUUCCAUACAAACCUGGGUUCUCGUGGUUACCAGCCUGGUGCUCCUGUAUCUAUAUGGCACCUAUACAUUUGGAACUUUUAAGAAGAUGGGAAUUCCUGGACCAAAGCCUCUGCCUUUCCUGGGCACUCUCAUGGGCUACCGCAAGGGUAUGUGGAAUUUUGACAUGGAAUGUUAUAAAAAGUAUGGAAAUAUGUGGGGGUUGUUUGAGGGUCGGCAGCCAAUGUUGGCCAUCACUGAUCCAGACAUGAUGAAAACAGUGCUGGUGAAAGAAUGUUACUCUGUCUUCACAAACCGGCGGGUGUUGGGACCACUGGGACUAAUGAAAAGAGCCCUCUUCAAUUCUGAGGAUGAAGAAUGGAAGAGACUUCGAGCACUGUUGUCCCCAACAUUCACUAGUGGUAAACUCAAGGAGAUGAUGCCCAUCAUUGCCCGGUAUGGAGAUGUGUUGGUGCAAAAUCUGAGUCAGGAAGCAGAGAAAGGCAAGCCCGUUGACUUGAAAGAUAUCUUUGGGUCCUACAGCUUGGAUGUGAUCACUGCUACAUCAUUUGGAGUGGACAUUGAUUCCCUUAGAAACCCACAGGAUCCCUUUGUGAGAAAUGCCAAGACGCUUUUAAAACUUAAUGUAUUUGAUCCUGUAUUAUUUUCAAUAACACUUUUUCCAUUCCUCAUUCCAGUUUAUGAAGCAUUGAAUAUUACUGUGUUUAAAAAAAAUUCUGUAGAUUAUUUGAAAACAUCUGUAGAAAAAAUUAAAGAAGAUCGCCUGAAAGACAAGAAAAAGCACCGAAUGGAUUUACUACAACUAUUGAUUAACUCCCAGAAUUCCAAAGAAGUCGAUUCAUACAAAGCUCUGACUGAUUUAGAGCUUGUAGCCCAGGCAAUUAUCUUUAUUCACGGUGGCUUUGAGACAACUAGUAGUACUCUCUCCUUCAUUAUGUAUUUCUUGGCCACUCACCCUGAUGUCCAGCAGAAACUACAGCAGGAAGUUGAUGCUGCCUUGCCCAAUAAGGCACUUGUCACGUAUGAUAUUCUGAUGCAGAUGGAGUAUCUGGAAAUGGUGGUAAAUGAAGCUCUUAGAAUAUACCCAAUUGCUACCAGAGUUGAGAGAGUCUGUAAGAAAGAUAUUGAAAUCAAUGGGGUACUCAUUCCCAAAGGGACACUUGUGAUGAUGCCAAGCUAUGUUCUUCACCGAGAUCCAAAGUACUGGACAGACCCUUAUGAAUUCCGCCCUGAAAGGUUCAGUAAGAAGAACAAAGACAAAAUCAAUCCUUACACCUACCUUCCCUUUGGACUUGGUCCCCGAAAUUGCAUUGGCAUGAGGUUUGCUCUCAUGAAUUUAAAACUGGCUCUCGUCAGGUUAAUGCAGAACUUCUCCUUCAAGCCUUGUAAGGAAACCCAGAUCCCCAUUAAAUUGGCCAUGGAUAUCAUCCUUAAACCUGAGAAACCGAUUAUUCUAAGCGUUGUGUCAAGAGAUGGGACUGUACAUGGAGCUUGAUUUUCCCAUGGACUUCAGCUUUGCUCUUCAUGAAGGCUGUAUCUAAGAACGCCAGAGACCUCAGUGUGCUUUGUUAAUAAUAGUUGGAAAUAAACAUGAAAUCAACCUAUGGCACAGGGA